AUGGGGAAAUGUUUCCCCGCAUUGGGCCUAACCAAACAAGAUUGCCAUGAAAUGAGUUGGAUAGAAACUUACCCUUUCCUUCUAGGGAUAUCAAUUGAUAACAAUUUGGACAUACAGAAUUUCUUAACCAAUAGAACUGCCUUAGGUAAUCAACCGCCUUUCUUCAAAUGGAAAGUUGACUUUUCCGUUGACCCAAUUCUACCCGAAGGCCUAAUCAAGAUAUUCAAAGAGCUUUACAAACUUCCUCCAUUGAUGGGACAAUUAGGAUGGACCAUUUUCGGUGGAGGAAUCAUGGACCAAAUCCCUGAAUCCCAAAUCCCUUUCCCACAUCGAAACAAACUGAUGAUCAUGUGA